AUGCUUUUUACACUUCUAAUUCCCCUUAUUGUUGCUCAAAAUCCUGAAUGCUCAAGUGCUUAUUGCAGUUCUUGUAAGACAAAUCCAAAUGUCUGUGAUUCAUGUGCACCAAACUAUAUUCUUAUUGAUGGAACAUGCAAAUACUUCAAAGAAGUUGUUCCAUAUUGUGCCAUUAGUUCUGAAAAUGGAUGUAGUUCAUGUAUGCUUGGAUAUUAUUUGAAGGAUGGAAAAUGUCAAAUUCCACCAAAUCCACUUUGUGCUACAUACAAAGGAGAUAAAUGUAUUGUUUGUGUUGAUGGAUAUUAUGCAAAAGCUGGAGAAUGUUUUGAAUGUGUUGAAAAUUGCUAUGAGUGUUCUUCUAUGACACAAUGUUUUGAAUGUCUUGAUGGAUAUGGAUUUAAUGGAGAUGAUUGUGUUCAAUCACUUGAUCAUUGUAAAACGUAUUCUUAUGGAUCAUCAACCAAGAUGUAG